GCGAGUAUGAAGACAGAGAGUAAGAGGGAGAGAGUAAGAGAGAGAGAGAAGACAGUGAGAUUAGGUAGGGUUAAUUUGCUAUCUAUCAUUAUUGUUAUUAUCAUACUAUAGUGGGUGAGAAUGAUUCCAGUAUUUUUAUGAUAUUUUUCAGUCACUUGUUUGCAAUAUUUAUUCACUGUGCACACAUUAUUAUAUUCUGAAAUAAUAUAAUAUAAAUAAUAAUAACAAUAACUUUUUUCCUCCGCAAGAAAUCUCUUACCCACUGUGUGACACACUAUCUAAAGCUUACUUGAAGAAAAUUUUCCAACAGUUUCCAACACAAAACUACGCUAGUUCAUACACACACGCUAUUGCGGAUAUACUUUUGUUGAUAUUCUCCUCUGUGAAAAAAGAAACCUCGAUCUAGUAUAGAAUCGAAUGCCUCAGAAAUUAUCACCAGUUCUACAUGAAAUUUAUCAAAAUAUUACUGCAAAUAAUCAGAUAAAAAUGGAUGAACACAAUGACCUAAAUACGCCAAUAUUUACAACAAAUGGAUCCAUUAAAGGUAACAAUAGGACAGCUCAACACAAUAAUGAUAAUUCUGAUGAUUGUGAUGAAGUUCAUCAAAAUUUCCCAUCAACAUCACCACCUCCGACGACGUUGGCAUCAUUGUCGUUACAAUGUUCACCAUCAGUAACAGCUACAACCUCAAUGACUUCAACAUCAACUGCAAGUGUGCCGACAAAAUCAUCACCUUCUCCUAUAUCAUUAUUUGAUUCGAUCAAUUCAUUGAAACGUGCACGUAUUGAAUUAAACUCAACUGAAAUUAAUAACAAUAAUAGUAAUAAUUCACCAACUGUAUUCAAUGAAUUUCCAUGUUCAUGUGGUCAAAUCAUUUCAGAUUCCAGUGAAUUUUUACAACAUGUACGUCAAUGUCAAGAAUUUAUGAUGACUGCAUCAAAUUUUGCUGAAGUUAUCGCUAUGAAUACAGCAAUGACUAUGUCAUCCAAAUGGAGUAAAUCUCUACUUAAUCCUAUUCUUGAAGGCAAAAAUAAUCCAUAUUCUAAUGAUUAUAAAUUUUCUUCAUUUUUAACUCAUAAACAAUAUAUCGGUCAAGAUGAUAAUCAUUCACAACAAUCAAUGUCUACAUCAAAGAAUAUGUCACAUUUAAUAAAAUAUCCUAUACAAGAGAAAGACCAUACUAAUACUACUAAUUAUUAUAAUGCUAAUUCAUAUCAGUCAGCAUUGGAUUUAUCCUUUCAUUCUAAUGGUAGUCUACAUUCACCAUCGAUUAGUAAUGCUACUAAGCACAACUGUCCAGAGUGUACUACAUUCAGUAGUACAGAGAGAUCAGUUUUACUGAAACAUUUUGAAGUACAACACGAUCGAAUUGGUAAUUUCACCUGUUCUAAAUGUUGUCAAUCCUAUGACUAUUUACCGUAUUAUUUAAAACAUCAAGUGUUUGAUAACUGUUCGAUUCUUACAUCUUCGUCCACUGGUAAUUUAUCUGCGAAAAUGGGAAUCACAAAAUCUGUAACACUGGAGACACAACAUGAAAAUGAUUAUUCAAAUUCUACUAUACAACAUCAUAAUCAUCAGUAUUACAAUGAUCCUCGAUCAAGAAAUCAUUCUUCAACACGAUCUCCUUCACCAUCAUCACCAUGUUUACAGUCACCGAGAAUAAAAUCGAUAAAUGAGCAUACCAAUGAUAUACAUUUGUUAAAUAAAAAAUUGAUAUGUAAUGCAUGUAAUAAGAGUGGAUUUUCGCACACAACUGAACUGAUUACACAUUUAACUCAAUGUCCUAAAUUUACUUCACUCACUACUGAAAAUGUUGGCAGUAGUCAUACUAACACGAGUGUAGAUUCUUCUAAUAUACGCAUAAAUAAUGAAUUAUUGAGUUUAGCUCUAGGACCAUCAGUGAAUUCUAAGGUGUCAGUGUUAUCCAGUGCUAAUCAAAACAAUGAUAAUAACAGUAAUAAUACACGUGGAUCCCCAGCAAUAACUGGAUUAAUGAAUAGUUCACCAUUCGAUUUUGAUAAAAGCUUUAGUGAUGUGUUGAAAGCAUCGUUUAACUCUCAGAUGGAUAAUAAUUCAUGUUUCUCACCUAAUCGUAUAUCAUCGAAUGUUAACAGUAACGAUAAAUUCAGUAAUACUACGCCUUCUAAUAAUUAUAGUGAUAAGGGGAACCAUAAAGGGAAUAAUCAUCAUCACCAUCAUCACAAUUUACUUUAUACUGCACACGCCACAGAAACACAAACAUCCUAUACUAACUUCAUUUCAAGUUUACAGUCUUUUGAAAAGUCAUUACGUAGUGGGAUAACAACGAAAUCUUCAUCAGUAAUCAAAUCUGAAAAUGAAAAACCAACAAACUUAUCGAAUGAUCAAUUCAUGAUGGGUAACGGAAAUGAUUAUAGUAGUAUUGCAUCAGUUAGUUCAUUACUUAUGAAUGAUUUCGGUGUAAAUCAACGUUAUAAUCAUAAUAAUCAACUGCAACGUCAUCCUAACCCUGAUCAUAUGAAAGAUCUAAAGUUUAGCCAACGUCAGAAUGAUCCUGUUCACCAGCAUCAACAGCAACAGCAACAACAACAACACCAACACCAACAAAAUAAUUCAAACAAUAGUGUACCUUCAUCUGUAAUGACAGAGAGUACAACAGAUUUGUCACGACCAUUUAAAUGUUGUCAUUGUAUUAAAGCAUUUAAAUCGAAAGCUUUAUUAGAUCAACAUAUGCAUAUUCAUUAUCCACCAAAAUAUACAUGUCGUUAUUGCGCUAAAAAGUAUCGUUGGCCUCCAGUAUUUUAUCAUCAUCAGCGUACAUGUAAAAAGCGUCCACCAUCUACAACAUGUACAAAUAAUGAUACUAAUAACAGUACAAUAACUGUCACAAUGUCUACACAAAGCAAUCAUACAAAUAACAACAGUUCAGGAAAACGUAACAGUAAUAAUAUGAAUUAUUUAACUUCAGAAAUAGGGAAAAGUUUCCCGCUUAAUUCAGAAUCAUUCUUUAAACCUUCAACCGUACGUUCAACAAAUCGUCAAGGAGAUGAUAAACUUCACGGGACAUCAACAACGAAAAAGUCAGAUAGAACUACAGGCGGAAGUGGAACAUUUUCUCCAUAUGGACAUUCAUCGUGUUUCACACCAUUCAAUUCUGAUAUCAAUACACCAUCGAGUUUCAUGGAACUCGCAAAUAAUCCUGCAUUACUUCACAAUAGUAUUUUUAAUAAUAGUAAUAGCAGUAAUGAUUUGUCAUUAAUGUCAUCAUCAAAUUUAAACAACUUCGCAACAUUAGCUGCUGCCGCGGCCGCAGCAGCGAUGAGUAUGCAUUUUCAAAUUCCUUCAAUUUCCAGUAUACCACCAUUACCACCUUUAGGCUUCAGUAAUACAUUUCCAUCAUCAUCUACUUCUUCGUCAUCACCAAUAUCAUCACUAGCAACAGGAGAAUUGUGCAAUCGUUCUUUCAAAUGUGUCAGUACAACACAACUAUCAACAGUCAACAAUUCAUCAUCUUCAGCAUUCUUAACCUCAAUGCCUUCAUCGUCAACAAUGUCGUCAUCGCCGUCAUCCGACCUUUUUAGCCAACCAUUCAAUCGUUCAAAUCCAUCAUUACCAUUUUCAAAUCAGUCUGUUUUUCCUCCCCAAUAUCUUGUACCACCAUUUCUAAUGCCAAAUUCAAGUGAAAUGAUAAAUUCCAAUUACUUAAAUGAGUCAAAUAUAAAAUCAGAACCCAGUUUUCCAUUUAAUAAUUUCUCAACGCAAGUGUCAUCAAGUUUAAAUGCUGUGUCAUCGUUACCAUCCACGGUAGUAACAUCUGAAUCAAAUGAUAAUUCAUCAGUGGGAUCCGCUUCUUCACAGUUCAAUAUAUUAAACAAUUUAUUGUGUAUUUGUGGUAUGCGUUUCAAUGAAAUAUCAAGUUAUUUAUCACAUGUUACUGCUUGUAAUUAUUUAAAAAAUUUGGUUCAGCAGCAGCAAGACCAACCGCUUUCAACUUCACUGACUCGAACUGACAACUCUCCUUCACUGUCACCGACAUCGGAGUCAUCAUCAUCAUCAUCAUCGCCAUCAACAACUCCACCACAACAAGUAUUAUCGCAAUCACUUCCAGGAGGAAGAGAACAACAACAACAACACCUAUCAACAAUGUCAUCAUCAUUUCUGUCGACAUUGCCACAAUUUCAGUCAUCUUCAUUAUCGCAUAUAUUUCCAUUCAAUCUUCCAUUUCCUCCUUUGUCAAAUAUGAGUGAACAGUAUGACCUAUUUAAUAGAAAUAAAAAAAUGAAUGAAAAUGUAAGCGAUGUGAAUAUGUCGCCUGACUGUUCACCGGUUAGGAAUACUGUUCAAUCUAUACAGCCUGAAUCUACAGAAGUGAUGAAUAAGAAGACUAUAAAACAAACUUAUGAUACUAUGAAUGAAAAGAAGUUUUCAGGCAAUCAGAAAAAUCUUAUGGAAUAUGAAGAAUCAUAUUGUCGUGAUAAAGAUCUUACUAGUGUUAAUAAAAUGUACAACAGACUAGAUGGUGGUAACGAAAAAGAUUCUUUAAGUGAAAUUCACUCCAAAGGUGAAAAUCAUAAUCAAUUAGAUUCUUCACAGAAUGAACUUACUUAUGACAAAAAUGAUCGUAAUAACGGUAGCACUGCCUUUGAUCUUAAGUCAGUAUUAGAUUUACCAACAGUUAUGUCAGGAAAAAGCCAAAGUUCAUUUGAUGAAUAUGAUCCAGAUAGUGCUAAACUAUUGGAACAACUUUCAACAGAUGAUAAAUUGAAUACAAAUCCGUCAAAUAAUUCAUUUGUAACAGCAAUGGCUAAUGUUUUAGCAAAUGCAGCAGCUGCAGCAGGUUUUCACUGUCCUGGACUACCAGAUCCUACAAAUAAACCAUUAACAAAUCAACAUUCUUCUCCAUCUCCUGUACACACUCCUUCAGAUCAGCCAACAACAAAUUAUGAAGCUGACAGUGUAGAAAUUAUGACUUCUGAGAGUCAUUCUCAACGAAAUAGUUCUAAUAAUAGUCCAGAUAAUGUAACAUCCAUGUCUACAACAACAACAACAACGCCACCAACAACAAUGAACUCACCAAAAUCUUGUUAUCAAUGUGGUAAGGAGUUUAGUUCACGUUUAUCAUUAAAACAACAUGUAGAGGGUAAACACAGUACAGAAGGAAAAUAUUGUUGCCCAGGCUGUUCAAAACGCUAUCGUUGGGGUGCUUCUUACUAUUAUCAUAAAAAAUCAUGUCCAGCUGUAAGAGAACAAAGUCCAGUUUCAAGUGAUAUAAUAAACCAGUUAUCCCUAUCUGGUUCAGAAGAUGAUUCUUCUUCUCGAUCAUCAAUAAAUUCAUCACCUGAUCUUCAGUUUAAUCCUACGCCUAUUCAACAAGACGAUGAUAUGGAGGUAAGAAAUGUAGAAGAAAAUGAUGCUGGUGAUGAUGACGAUGAAGAGUUAGAACAAAGUUCAAAUAACUCACCAAGAGAGUGUUUAAAUUCUCCAGUAAAUAAUCAGCGAAAGUCUGAUGGUAUAGAAGAAUCGUUAUCAAGUAAAAGCAAUAAUCCAAAUGAAAUUCAGUCUAUUCCAUCUAAAGUAAUUAAACAAAAACUAUCAAAUAAGCAUAAAAAAGCUUGUCAGAAUUUGAAAACGGAUUCAUUGUUAUGUGAUAUUAAAGCAUUUCCACUUGAAACCAAUUCCUAAAUGGUUAAUAAUUAAUGAAUGCAAAGGAAUCCAAUUGUUGAACUUUUCAUCUUACACUGCCCUUAUAAAUCUAUCAAUGAAGAUACAAUGUUAAAUGACUAUACACUAUUUAUUACGAAUUACAUUUCUGCAUUUGUUAUAUACUCACAAUAAAUAGUCAUAACAAACUAUUCGAAUUAAUAAAAUUGACAUCAUAUAGUCAUUCAACAGGUAGAUGAAUAAUCUCACUCAAGUUAAUGUGAGUACUCCCCUUUAACCUUUAUGAAGUCACCUAGGCAAUUUUAUUUAUUCUUAACAUUCAAAAUUCAUUGAAUGAAUCUAAAGGCAAAUGAAUAAAAAUCAUAUUUCACAUGCUCUAUGCUCUCUCUCACACACACAUACACACUUGUACAACUAACAUGGAUAUAAUAUAUGUACCACACAUAUGAAAUAAUCAUAAAUAUUGUUCAAUUCUUUUUUGUUUUGUUUUACUUGUCUCUUGAUUAUAUUACAUUAAAUUUACACUGGGUGGCGCC